GGUGUGAGCGCACUGAUUUCUGGGAAUAUUAACAAUGUCGCCGCAUCUCAAAACGCACACCACAGUAGGAUAGGAAUCUAGGAUUUUCGGACAGGGUUUAUCAUAAACCUGAAGGAUUUGAACUUGGGGGACCUCUGUCGGACUGCUGUGACAAAAUGAUGCGCUUCCUGUUGCUAUUCAGCCGGCAGGGGAAGCUGCGGCUGCAGAAAUGGUUCACACCAUUAACAGACCGGGAGAAGAAGAAGGUGAUCCGGGACAUGAUGAUGUUAGUGUUGGCCCGUCCACCACGAUCCUGCAACUUCGUCCAAUGGAGGGACCUCAAGAUCGUUUACAAGAGGUAUGCCAGUCUGUAUUUCUGUGCUGGUCUGGAGGACCGGGAUAAUGAGCUGCUGAGCCUUGAAGUGCUGCACAGAUAUGUCGAGUUGUUGGAUAAAUACUUUGGCAACGUGUGUGAGUUGGACAUAAUUUUCAACUUUGAGAAGGCUUACUUCAUCCUGGACGAAUUCCUGAUGGGAGGAGAAGUUCUAGAAACGUCCAAAGUAGCUGUGGGUGUAUCUAUGGAGGAGGCUGACACACUCCAAGAGACAAUGGAGGAAUACAUGAGCAAACCUGCCUACUGAGCCAAGAGAAGACGAGGAUGGCUCACAUUUCAAGACUUGAAGCAAAAAGCGUAUUACUCUGCAACAAUUUUAUGUAGUGACUAAUAAUGACUCAUUUGGCAUAAUCCUGGUGAUUUCUCAUGUUUCUACUUAAGUUUAAAGAAUUGUAAUAAUGUUUGCAUCUACAAGUGCCUUUUAAGACUCAUAUUUAUGAAUCUCAGAAUUUUAUAACAGGAGAUAUGACUGAAAAGAGUAAAUGCAUUGUUUCAUAUUUAAAUAUGUUUAUGUAAUCUGAAUUGUAAUACAUGUCAGGCAAGACAAAUUCAUGUUUAAACGAAUGCAUUGUUUGAUGGUAAAUGAAGAAACACUAGACAGUAAGGAAAAAAUAAAGUCAAUGCUUUAUUAACCUCAGGUAUGUCACAUAUGACCACAUUUAAGAAAGAGUUACCAAAAAACACAAGUGAAUCUAGGGGAUCCAACACUGAUUUUGGUUGUGUGUAUGUGCAUUGAAAUGUAAGGCUGGUGAAAAAAGCAUCAAAUGAAUGUCUAAACACUCAUAUUUAUGCUAAUGAAUAAGAACUUUUAUAAACCUACAGAAUAACUAAG